AUGGGUGCUAUCAAUGACAUGGUCAAGCCGCACAAGAAAGACAACAAGUUUGAGGUGUGGGAGGGUGGGAGAUUUGGAGAGGCGCUCGCAGAAGCUCUCGAGCUGGAAGUCAACAACAAGCAGCGCCAAACCGAGUACGGCAACGCCCCCUUCCGCCGCCCUGGGACCACCCACCUCGCCGACAUAGGCCACCUCGGCCGCCAUACAGGCGAUAAGGUUGAGCGCAUCGGCGAAUUGUACAUCAUUCGGUCCGUUCGCGUGGACGUCGACCUCAUCAAUCACGCCAUCCAAGACAACCCAAAUGUCAACAAAUCCAACGAGUACAGCUACAAAAAGCAGCUCGUAGACUACCAGUCAACCGUGCAGGACCACACACUCACGUACCUCCGGAUGAUGAUGCUGCGCCUGAUCCUCCCCCGACAGAUGGCAUUCAGAUAUGGACAUGCCUUCAGAGCACAGAAAUAA